CUUUCUUCUUCUUCUUCUUCAUUCAUUCAUUGCAUUCUUCUACAGCUCUUCUUUUUUGUCUUCAUUGUUAAUUGUAUGUUCAUUAGUCGUGCUCUUUUUUGUUUGAUUUCAUGCCAGUUACAGGUCACGUUGUGCAAAUUUUGUGUCUUGGUGUGGUAGAUUUGUGGUAAUUUAGUCCCCUCCUACUCACAAUUUAUGGGUGAAUCAAUAGUGGAUGCUUCAAAUCAUGAGCAUGAGAUGGGAGGGACAGCUCCCUCAAAUCCUGUGCUGGAAGUGUCGGUUUCAUUUGGCAGAUUUGCGAAUGAUUCACUGUCAUGGGAGAAAUGGUCAUCGUUUUCACCCAAUAAGUACUUGGAAGAAGUUGAGAGGUGUGCAACGCCUGGAUCAGUGGCUCAGAAAGCAGCUUAUUUUGAAGCUCAUUACAAGAAGAUUGCUGCUAGAAAGGCCGAGCUACUGGAUCAGGAGAAGCAAAUGGAAAAAGAUUUCUCCAGGUCAAAUGAUCAAACUCGUGGAGAUCUGAUUGCUGAUGAUUUCAAUACUAAGUCAGAAUCUUAUUUAUCUGAGUGCCAGACUUCUGUUAAUGUUGUUAACCGUGAAACUAGCUUGGAUAAUGAAGUGUGUGGAACCCUUGUUAAUGAGUCAAAUAGUGAUGCUGCAAUUACAAUAGGGUUUCCUAGUUCGUCAAUUAAGGGAAUGAAAGAGGAAGCCAAAAACAAAUUGGAAGAUCCUCCGUCAGACAAAUCAGAAGAAGUUGUUCAUGUUAUGGUGAAAGAAGUGAAAAAUACUUCCAUGGGAGUGCAAGGUUUAAAGGCGUUGCAGCAAAAAGAGAUGGAAAACGCUUCAACUGAAAAAGAAGAAAAUGUGAAGUCGGAUCCUUCAAAGGAAUCCCAUACGAUGACUCUGGUGAAUAAUGAGAAAAACAUUACACGGACAAAGAAGAAACCAGCAUUUGCAGUAUCCAAAGCAUCAUCUCUAGCGAAGUCAUCGCCUAUAGCUAAGGCAUCACCGAUUGCUAAGGCAUCACCUAUAACCAAGGCAUCACUGGUAUCCAAGGCGUCAUCUAUAGCUAAGGCAUCGCCCAUAACAAAGGCGUCGCCCAUAAUUAAGGAGUCACCUGUUACUAAGGCAUCGCUUGGCAGUAAGGCAUCACCUGUCAUCAAGGCAUCGAUUGUAAGUAAGGCAUCCCCUGUAGUCAAGGCAUCACAAAUUUCUUCUGCAAAAGUGUUGAAGCCAACAUUCGCUUCUCCCCUAGUUUCUUCUUCACAGUAUUCAGCAAGAAUACGAAACAGUUCAUCUUCAUCGAUGUCAAAGAAUCCUUCUGGAGGAGAAAGCAAGAAAUUAGCUCCUAAGUCCUUGCACAUGUCGCUUAGUUUGGGUCCAUCGUACCACAAUCCAGCUUCUGUUGCCAUGACUAGAAAAUCUUUGAUUAUGGAGAGUAUGGGUGAUAAAGAAAUUGUUAAACGUGCAUUCAAGACAUUUCAGAACAGAUACAAUCAAUUAAAAUCUGCCGGUGAAGAUCAGUCUCCGGCACUGAAGCAGGUGCCUGCAAAGGGGACAGAGCUGAGAGUUUCGGAUUUCAUGACUCCACGAAAAGAGAAUGGAGGGUUAUUCAAAGCAGGUGAUGUGGAGAAAAAACAUGGUAAGGCUGCUGCUCCUUCUUCUUUCCCCAUGAAAAGUGAUGACCGUGCUGAGAAGAGAGGAGAGUUUUCCAAGAAACGGGAGAGAAAAAAAUCCUAUGCUAGAGAGGCAGACAGAACUCACCUUCACACAAAAUCAGAGGAGAACAAGGGAGCUGAGAUAAAGACAGUAAGACAGAGUCCUAAUUUCAAAGCCCCAAAAAUGCCAGCUAUCAUCACAAACAAAGAAUAAUGAAAGGCUCUUUAGAUAAAGAGGAUUCCAAGAAUGAAAUCCAUUGGUAACGUGGACCCCAUACGCUGAAAUGCAAGUAUGAAGCAACAUAAGCUUAGUACAAAGAGAAGUUGGUGUAGGAGCACAAGAUAUGCAACUACUUGGGAGGCUAGUCAAAUCCAUGAACAGAAGAAGAUAAAUGUCAAAGCCGUUGCUUCCAAGUAAUGGCAAAUGGCUCAUUUAAUGGUAUCAUUUAUUGGCCGAAAGGCAUGAUUCAUUGGUGAUUUGCGGGCUGGAGACACAUUGCCACAGUAUUCAACGCAUAAAUGUUCAUCUUGUUUGAUUGUGGGGCAUAUUACUAAUGUGAAAUAGAUAAAGAGGAGAGUGAGACCAUGCUAUCUUUCAUUGAUGAACUAUUUACUUCGUUUUAGCUGCCACCACCUCCUGUACCCAGGAAAAAUAAAAUUAAAUUUGGUUUCGUAAGUCGAGUAAGAAGUUUCUUAUUGGGUAAUGAGGUGUAAAAAUGUUUGAAGUGCAUGUACUUCUUAUCAUAUGUAUGUUGAUAAUAUGGUUGUGUUAGUCCCA